CCACACUGUCCCUAGCACGCGUUCGCGGUUCUGAUAGGAAAAUAAACAAAUAAAAUAAACUGCGGAUCAACAAGUGCCGGGAAAAUGGGAGUCCGCGGCCUAACCAGUUACAUAGCACAGCGUGCGGAGAUCUACCUGAAGCCCUACGAACUGCACUCCACGGCUCUGGUCAUCGAUGGCGACAAUCUGUCUUGCAAUCUUUACAAGGAUGUCGCCGGGAGUUACUCCGCUUUUGGCGGGGAUUACGACGACUUUUACCGGGCUGUGGUGCAGUUCUUCCAGGUCCUGGCCGAGUGCAACAUCCGUCCGUAUGUCCUCAUGGACGGGGGCUAUGAGGAGCGCAAGCUGCGGACCGUGAGCACCCGAUUGAGGGGCAAGAUAUCCGUGAUCAAGAAGAUAAACCCAAAUGCCUCCAUCACGUUGUUUCCCCUGCACCUCAAAGAGGUCUUUGUGGAUGCAGUGCGAGAUUGUGGAGUGCCAGUGAUGCGGUGCGUCUUUGAGGCAGACGACGAGCUGGCCGCCCUGGCCAGGAAACUCAACUGCCCAGUGCUCUCGUACGACUCUGAUUUCUACAUUCACAAUGUCAAGUACAUUCCCCUGAUUACGCUUACAGUGAAGGUGCUCACCAAACAGGUAAAGGACAAGAACAACGGCAAACAAAAGGACUCACGGGAUCUGCGACGCAACGAGGUCAAGAAUGUGGAGAAGCGCACCAAGGCUAACAAGAUUGUGGCUGGUAUACAAACCUCCGAUCAGGCUGUAAUCCUAAAAGGGAAUACUAAGACCUACAAGUACCUCGACUGCUGCAUUUACCGAGUGUCGCAUCUCUGCGGGCGCAGCACUUUGAGUCCCGAGAAACUCCCGCUUUUUGCUGCUCUUCUAGGCAACGAUUACAUUGCCCGCGGCGCCUUCAAAAACUUCUUUGCCGCCGGAAUGGGCAAAGCAGGCCGGAGUCGCAAGCUUAAGAUUCAGCAGAAACGCAUAGCGGUCAUCCUCACCUGGCUAAAGGAAGAAACCGCCGAGUCCGCUUUGGCCAAAGUGCUGUCGAGGUUGAAAAAGAACCAGAGAGAUUCUCUAGUGUCCCAGGUCAAUGCAGCCAUUUCUGGUUACUCCAAUGAGUUAUGCCAUGCCUAUGACUUCUUCGAGGAGCUUUACGAUAAUGCUUUUCCUUAUAUAGAACCCGCCAGUGAAGAGGAAUUAAGUGAUGAAGAAGAGUUGGCCAGUGUGGAUGAAAACCAAUUAGAAGGUGAAGAUGUCGAGGAUCAGGAGGAGGCUGAUAACCAGGAGGAGGAGCAACAAGGCGAAGAACCACCUGAAAACCAAGAAGCUGAUUCAGGAGAAGAAGAAGAGGAAGAGGAAACGGAUGAAGUGGAAGUGGAGGACAAAACCCUACUAUUCCCACAGUGGUUUCUUGACAAACUAUACCCAGCUCACCUGUCUCGCUAUUUUGUGGACCUUAUGCACCUGCGCAAGUACAUCAACAACCCACAGAUCGAGCACUUUCCCUUCCACGACUCCAAUGAACUGGCCCUGCCCAUCCUAAACUACGUGUUCUCCCUACUCCAUCACGUGGAGGGUGCUAAAACGGAACCUGAAAUUGAUGUGGACCGUUCACCACUCCCUAUCGAGUUUAGUUACCUCACUAGAGCUCUUCGAGUGACGAAUGUAAGGUAUAUUAAGAUGCCCAUUGAGAAGGAGCCUGCUUAUGCGUUUGAUCCAUCUAACCCGGAUCCUAGGCAUCUGCGAGCUGUGUUUGAAGCCAAUAUUCCGUAUGUGGAUACGGAAAAGUUGUUCAGCAAGCUGGAUGAACUCUCAGAGGACUUGAGACUGUACUUCCUGGCCAUUAUCUACUGGUUACAUCGCUCGGAACACUGUGAUUUGGUGCAUCUCCACGCGCUGAUCCUCAGUUUGCUUGUGCUGCGGACCAUUGAUGUAAAAAUACCAGCUGAACGGGAGGUGAAAGCUUUCCGCAAGAGAUUUGGCAAGACAUUAAAGGCAGAACGAGCAGUGAGGGACAAAGAAGCCGCCGAAGGAGUUAAGCGCGGAAUUAAACCCGCUCUCCUAGAGCUCUCAAUACCAGAUCGAAUGCAACAUGUACCGAAAUCGGAUUGCUACUUAACCCAAGAACGUCUGCUGCCCCAUUUUCAUAUGCAGGAGAUCUUCAAGAAAAAGUUUGAUUUGUACUCCACAACGGUCAUCCACGCCUUUGCUGAAUUUCAGGCUGUGGUCUAUCAACUCAAUGGACUCAACUCACUUCUGGAUUUUUCACUGCCAAGUCCUAGAAUGAAUCAGCUUUAUUGCGGUGCCUUUCUCUACAAUAUGUACGAUCUCCUGAGAAAUCGCGCAGAUGUCCGCUACCAUGUGGAGAACUUUCUGCUGCCCGACUCCAAGAUGAUGUUUGAUUUCUAUAGCUAUUUGUACGACUGGUGUGAGGAGUUUAUUCCACAUUGGAAAAGAUUGGAGGUGGAUCAAACGGCGGCAAAGGCGCAGCAAAAGAAGCGUCUUAAGAAGCAGAGACAGGCAACCAGGAAAGCGGACACAAAGGAGUCUAAUGCGGAUCCCAAUGCGGAUAUGGUCAAGGAUGCUGAUCCCGAAGAUGACUUCUUUGAUUUGAAUAACAAAUUCUGUUCACUCAAAGUAGCGUAGCUUACUGAUAAAUAUUUAGAUCAAUUCUUAA